AUGCCAUCUUCAACCACCUCAACGUCCUCGUCCUCGAGCUCACACAGCUCCAGGGGCUCCGGCCACCACAGAUCCUCCAGCCAGAGGAGGUCAAAGGCCCACCACAACCUCGACAGGGCUGCACAGGAGAUCGAGGAUGAUCGGACGAAUUACCGUAUCAUCAGAGAUGGGGGCUGGGACAACAUCCACCACUUCAUGCUGUCAUACGGCCUGAAGCCCUACGACCCGGAUGACUACGAGACAGCAAAGGUCAUCAUCCAGGGCUUCCGGGACAGGGGAUACUACCGGAAGUCAAGCGGCUCCAGCUCCUCGUCGUCAAGACGCUAG